AUGACAGAUGUGAUCGCAUACACAUCCUGCUCCUACCCAUUCACCCUCAACUUCGUUCUGUACAACCUGACUUGCGCCAGCCUCAAUUCGAAAGCCAACGAUAGCUGCAACGUCAGCGUGUGUCCUGCCAAGAACAGUGAUGCUUAUAAGUGGAAGUAUUGCGGCCCGAGUAACAAGUCACAACUGAGCAAGCCAUUUAAAACAUCGACCUUUUACUGCCAGUCUUUAGACGAUGCCUUCAACACUUCAAAAACAGCUCCAACAGGAUGGUUCUUGAUACAGGAGCGCGACAGUCACAAAAGCUUCGACUUCAACAGGACCUGGGACGAGUACAAACGCGGAUUCGGACAACUGGGAUCUAAUUUCUGGAUUGGAAAUGUCAUUUUAAAUAAAAUUCUUUCAAACAGUUGCACAAUGCUAUUCAACUCAAGCAGUUACCUAACCACAACCAAUGCAGCUGAAACCAUUUCUACAACUACCCCUUCUGUUGGAACUAAAAUUUCAACCACAACAACUCUUGCUGCUUUUUUGCCGAAUUCUGAAAAUUGGACAACCACGUCAAGUGUUUUAACAGUUGAAACAGUUACAAAACCCCCUAUAAUAGUUAGAUGGCGAUUGAAGAUUCAGUUGAUGUCCAAUGAGUUUCGCUGGUAUUCCUUGGAAUACGGAAAUUUUUACGUUGAUUCCGAAGUUAACUUCUAUUCACUGAGCUUAAGCAAGUAUGAUUCCGUGGUUAGUGAUUUGAAAGAUGCCUUUCAGAAUACGAGCAAUUGGAUAUUUUCAACGUUUGACAAGCCAGCUUGGAGCUGUCCUGGUUACUCAAUGAUGAACGGAUGGUGGGUCGAUGACCAUUCAACAGUUAAUUCGAAUUCAUGCGCUAACAUCAGUCAACAGAUCAAUAUAAAUUCAAACAUGAUGAGCAGUAUAAAAUUUUAUGAUUUGAAGAACAAUCUGGUCAGUCCAAUGGUCACCCGAAUGUACAUCUUGCCGGUUAUGGGACCCAGAUAA